GGGUGGCUCUGCGGGGACCGGCGUUAUGUUUCUAACGGUGGCGGCUUUGGCCAAGAGCAAAUCUAAAUACAUUCUGGUGAGGAUGAAAAGUGCAGCCGAGACGGGCUACUGUUUCAACAUCAGGAGACUCCGACUGCAGGAAAAACUGGUCCUGCUGAGAUACGAUCCCAUUGCAAAAAAACGUGUCCUCUUCACAGAGAAGAGAAAAAUCCGCUCUAUCUGAACAAUGACUGGACUUGAUUUAUGCAUGAGGAGAGGAUGGUUUGGGGGGAGGACGAGGUGAACGCUGAUUCAGAAAUCCAGCAACAUGGGCUGAAAAGAGAGGAAAUGAACUGGGAUCACCGUCUCCUGUGAUUUGAAGGCCAUUGUGAAUAAAACAAUGUAGAGGGAGAAAAUUCUUAAUGUCUGGACAUAGAUCAUCACAGUAACAUUUAUUUAUCUUUUGAGUUAUUUUUGCAGUACUCAAUUAAAAAAAAUUAAAUAGAAAAUCCCAUUGUCUGUGUUUUCCAUUGUGAAAGAGGCUGUAAUCUUCAAAGGAACUAUUGUUUUAUAAGGCAAUAAAAAUUAACAUUUUCCACAGCAGGAAUUCAAUGGCAGGAUUGCAAGUUUUUCUAACCUACCAGCCACAGAUUCAACAGUAGUGACCACAAAUUGGUGUCAUUCCUUGGAGGGGUAGUGUCGCAGCGGCUCCUUCCUAGGACAGGAAGAAGCAAUGGGAACCUGGUGAAAUAAGAUGAGCUUUUGGAUAAGCUAUGACCACGGCUAAAAGGGCUAUAUUUUUUUUUAAGUCAGGUAAGUAGGAUGGAUUUUUCACUCCUGGAUUUUUGUGAAGCAUGAAGAAAGCAGAUAGCCAAAGCAGUUCUCUGGCUGUUUGAAGUUUUUCUUAGUUAAUUAGCCCACCUAUGUUUAGAGCAAUAUGGCUAGAAACAUUUUUCAGAGUCUACCUCAGCAGCACUCUUGUCCUCUUUCCAGUUUGAGGGGCCUUCCACAGUCUGGCAGAACCGCAGAGCGCAGUGCUGCAGCCCACAUCUGAAGCAUGCAGGAACAGAUGGGCCAGGGCUCGAUGUACGGUGCUUUGUUACAAGCUAAACGCUGGCCUUGGUGUUUGCAGCCAAGGACUGAAGUUGCAGUCUCAAAGCUAAUGCUCUGCUUCACAUGCUGGCAUCGCACAUCAGAAGUUCUGAUAAAAUCAAGUAAAAGUAUUACUAGGAGCCCACUACCCUCCAGACAUUUUGCUAUAAACUUUGUGUAGUUCAGUAUAGCACAUUGCAUGGGAUGGCCACAAGCCCAAUGGUUGUGUGUGGGUCCAGAGAGAGCUGCUGUGUUUGAAAGACCUACCACCCCCACCCCAUCUUACUGUUGUAGAACAGGAACUAAGAGGAUUCCUCAAAUAACAAGCAAAGAGACUUUCCUGGUGUUUCCAGUUAGCAAAGGAGAAUCUCGGUGCAGUCAGAAGAAUAAUGCUGUCUGGGAUAAGAUAAAAUCAGUACAU